CUCAAUCUCGCCCUUUCACGAAGAUGGCACCGAAGGCGAAGAAGGAAGCCCCUGCCCCUCCCAAAGCCGAAGCCAAAGCAAAGGCUUUAAAAGCUAAGAAAGCGGUGCCGAAAGGCGUGCACAGUCACAAAGAGAAGCUCCGUAGGUCACCUACAUUCCGAGGACCCAAGACCCUGCAUCUCCGAAGGCAGCCCAAAUAUCCUCGAAAGAGGGCCCCCAGGAGAAACAAGCUUGAUCACUAUGCCAUCAUCAAGUUCCCCUUAACUACUGAGUCAGCCAUGAAGAAAAUAGAAGACAACAACACACUUGUGUUCAUUGUGGAUGUCAAGGCCAAUAAGCACCAGAUGAAACAGGCUGUGAAGAAGCUCUAUGACAUUGAAGUGGCCAAGGUCAACAUCUUGAUCAGGCCCGAUGGAGAGAAGAAAGCAUAUGUUCGACUGGCUCCUGACUAUGAUGCUUUGGGUGUUGCCAACAAAAUUGGGAUCAUCUAA